AUGACGUCAAGUCUGGCCCCAUAUAAGGUGAGUGGUCCCCAGCCCUCAGUGCCCAAGCAGCUGCCCUGCUCUGACAUGGCCCAGCCAGCCCACGGCCUCCAGUGCUGCCUCCUCUUCCUUCUAGCUUCUUGGGAGGCAGGUGCUACUACGUACCAGGAACUUCAGAAAACUGGUGAAUACCCAACAUCUGAUCAUUUAAUUUCCCCCACUUCAGACCUUGAAGAGGAGGUAAAGACGACCUUGGCCAGUGAGAAGACCACACUAAUCCUAGUAAAACCUACAGAAUAUGAAGAAAAGACCACCUCAGACAGUGAGAAGACUUCACCAAGCUCACUGAGGCCUACAGAACAAGGAGUAAAUAUCACCUCAGCCAGUGAGAAGUCCACAAUAAUCCCAGUAAAUCCUACAGAACAGGAAGAACAGACCACCUUGGCCAGUAAGAAGACCACACCAAUCUCAGUAAAUCAUACAUUAGAAAGAGUAAAGACCACCUCAGCUAGUGAGACGAUCAAACCAAGCCCUACAGAUCAUGAAAAAAAGACCACCUCAACCAGUGUGAGGGCCACCCCUACCCCUGUAAGGCCUACAGUACAUGAAGAUAAGACUACCUCAGACAGUCAGAAGACCAUACCUAUUGUAGUAAGGACUACAGAACACGGAGUUAAGACCACAUCAGGCAAUGGGAAGACCACAAAAGCCUCAACAGAGCCUAGAGAACAUGAAGAAAACACCACAUCCUUCUAUGAGAAAAUAACACAAGUUCCAGCAAAGUCCACAGAACACCCAGAAGAGACCACAGGGACCACAGAAAAAACCACCAGAGCUCCAGAAAAGCCUACGGCACACCCAGAAAAGACCAUGUGCACCAAAGGGAAAAGCACACUAGUCCCAGUAAAGCUUACAGAAAACCCAGAAAAGACCACACUGGCCAUUGAGACCAUAAGAGCACCAAUAAAGUCUUCAGAAAACCCAGGAAAAACAGCGGCAGUCACAAAGACUACAAGAGCUCCAGUCAAGGUCACAGGAGACAAAUCAAUCACUACAACCUCUGCUCACCAAAGUAAAACUCAGGUCACCCAUCAGGUGCCCAUUGGUUCUUUUACACUCACCACAUCUAGAACGGAGUUGAGUUCCACGGAGUCAGAACCUCCAGGCAACAACAGCCAUAACGAUGGCUCACAGGGAGGUAUCCACGCUGGACAAAUGGCAGAGAAUGAUUCCUUCCCCGUGUGGGCUAUAGUUAUUGUGAUCCUGGUGGCCGUGAUUCUCCUCCUGGUUUUUCUUGGCCUGGUAUACUUGGUCUUCUGUAUGACUCGAACACGCCGUGCACUGACCCAGAACACCCAGGACAACGACCCAGAGGAUGAUGGGGGUCCCAAUUCCUACCCAGUCUACCUGAUGGAGCAGCAGACUCUUGGCACGAGCCAGAUCCCCUCCCCGCCAUGA